AGGAGGAGACCAACAGCUCUGGCUGGCUCCCGGGGACUGGAGGAGCCUGUGGGCUGACGCGGGAAAGAAAAAAAAAAAACCGAGGAGGGGAGGGGAGGGGAGGGUGGGGGGGGUGGGGGGGAAGUGUGCACUAUGCCUUUAACGCCUGGGUACAGUAGCCCUGCCUAGCGCAGUGUGGGGAAACUCUAGGCGGGGUGAAAGUUCAGCCCAUGGAGCGGCAGUGAGCGAGCGCUAGCUGCAGUUUGAGCAGAGUUGGAAAUGUGAAAGCAAGAAGCGGGCUUGAUUUUUUUUUUCUCCUCUCCCUCCCCCCUUCCUCCUCCUCCUCCUCUCCUCCUCCUCCUCCUCUCCUCCUCCUCCUCCUCCUUUCCUCCUCCUCCUCCUCCCCUCCUCCUCUCUUUCUCUCUCUCCCUCUCUUUUCUCUUUUUUCACACACACACGCACACCUCCAAACCACACACACACACACACACACGCACGCACACACACACACACACACACACACAGAAGCCCCCACAGCAGUUAUGUAUUCUCCGCUCUGUCUCACCCAGGAUGAAUUUCAUCCCUUCAUCGAAGCACUUCUGCCCCACGUCCGAGCGUUCGCGUACACGUGGUUCAACCUGCAAGCCCGAAAACGAAAAUACUUUAAAAAACAUGAGAAGCGCAUGUCAAAAGAGGAAGAGAGAGCAGUGAAGGAUGAGUUGCUAAGCGAGAAACCCGAAGUCAAACAGAAAUGGGCAUCUAGACUUCUGGCCAAAUUACGGAAAGAUAUCCGACCUGAGUAUCGCGAGGAUUUUGUUCUCACGGUUACGGGGAAAAAGCCUCCAUGUUGUGUUCUUUCUAACCCAGACCAGAAAGGCAAGAUGCGAAGAAUUGACUGCCUUCGCCAGGCAGAUAAAGUCUGGAGGUUGGACCUUGUGAUGGUGAUUUUAUUUAAAGGUAUCCCACUCGAAAGUACUGAUGGAGAGCGCCUUGUAAAGUCCCCACAAUGCUCAAAUCCAGGGCUGUGUGUCCAGCCCCAUCACAUAGGAGUUUCUGUUAAGGAACUCGAUUUAUAUUUGGCAUAUUUUGUGCACGCAGCAGACUCGAGUCAAUCCGAAAGUCCCAGCCAGCCAAGUGAAGCCGACAUUAAGGACCAGCCAGAAAAUGGACACUUGGGCUUCCAAGACAGUUUCGUCACAUCGGGGGUUUUCAGUGUGACUGAGCUAGUCCGAGUGUCUCAGACACCGAUAGCUGCAGGAACUGGCCCCAAUUUCUCUCUCUCGGAUUUGGAAAGUUCUUCCUACUACAGUAUGAGCCCAGGAGCAAUGAGGAGGUCUUUACCCAGUACAUCCUCGACCAGCUCAACAAAGCGCCUCAAAUCUGUGGAGGAUGAAAUGGACAGUCCUGGUGAAGAGCCCUUUUACACGAGCCAAGGACGCUCCCCGGGCAGUGGCAGCCAGUCAAGUGGAUGGCAUGAAGUGGAGCCAGGGAUGCCGUCGCCAACCACACUAAAGAAGUCAGAGAAGUCUGGUUUCAGCAGCCCCUCACCGUCGCAGACCUCCUCCCUGGGAACGGCAUUCACACAGCAUCAUCGGCCUGUCAUUACAGGACCCAGAGCGAGUCCACACGCGACCCCAUCAACUCUCCAUUUCCCGACAUCUCCCAUCAUCCAGCAGCCUGGGCCCUACUUCUCACACCCAGCGAUUCGCUACCACCCUCAGGAGACGCUGAAAGAGUUUGUCCAACUUGUCUGUCCCGAUGCUGGUCAGCAGGCCGGACAGGUGGGGUUCCUCAAUCCCAAUGGUAGCAGCCAAGGCAAGGUGCACAACCCGUUCCUUCCCACCCCAAUGUUGCCACCGCCACCUCCGCCACCCAUGGCCAGGCCUGUGCCUCUGCCCGUGCCAGACACAAAGCCUCCGACCACAUCGACAGAAGGAGGCGCCACGUCGCCCACCUCACCGACUUACUCGACACCCAGCACCUCCCCCGCAAACCGAUUCGUCAGUGUUGGACCCCGGGAUCCAAGCUUUGUAAAUAUCCCUCAACAGACACAGGUGGGCCGAUCUCCUCUUUUCUGUCUCUGGUGCAUUUCCACUGGUCCCUUGGCACGGCCGGCGCCGUGCUCUCCUCUCCCGCCAUCCCUGCCUCCGUGAUGCCCCACGCGUGAGAUGACACCUGGGACGUGUUGAGACUAGGAGGGGGAGAGCAUCCCUGUAGAUCCACCCUGGGGGCAGUAGAGAAGAGCCUCCCGGGGCCAGGAAGCCACACUCGGGCCAGAGCGGGUCCAGCACUGCCCAUGUCCUCGCUCCCUUUGACCCUGGGACCUGGGAGAGCAGCAGCUCCUUCUCCGUUUUUCCUAAUUAAACUCGGAGCCCAGGCGGACCCUCUCUAUGGCGGAUAUUUGUCCCUUUGGAAAAAGAAAACAUUUUAUGAGCCCCCUUGAAUUCUUGAGUUGGUCCAAAAGGGAGUUGUUGGCCGUUUGGUUCAUGGUUAAUUCAAGCCAGAUGUCAGGUGCCCUGGCUAGGGGGCACCACAGUGGGAGGUCAGGUAGGCGAGAAAAUCUCGUCCCAGACUAGCACCGAGCUGUGGCCUUAGAAUCGCUCCCCAACAGGGUGAAGAAUAGUUCCAGGGAGUCCCUUAUUUGGAAAUGGCUGUCUUUGAUCUCUUAAGAGAGGCAUUUGGGGUCCAAAGGUAAACUGAGUCAAGAGAUUUGGGACUCUACAAAAAACACACUGUGCCAUUAGGAGAGAGAAGGAAGUUUCCAUGUUCAGGACGGGAGGUGGGGCACACGUCGUCUCAUCCAACAUGGCACCCAAUGCCCACAUGCGCUUGCUCCCCAGACACCACCGCUGUGUCCAAGAAGGUCUGUGCUUUCUCUGUGUCUUCUCAGUGCAUGCCCUCGCCCCCUCCAGAAGCUUCCUCUAUUGCUCAUGAUUAAUCCGUGCCUUUAAGAAAUGACAAGAUGCCCAUCAACGGGAUGGCCCUGCCUUGCUGGGACUGUGCAAAGGGCUCCGUGUUAUGGCUACGUCCAUGGUCCAGGUUACAGGACGUUGUAUCUGAGCCCUUCCCUGCGUGAAGAAGAGUCACAGAAAGUACACAGGCAGCCGGGCGGGAGUGAGGGAUGAGAGAGGUAAGGGAGGAGGAGGAGGAGGAGGAAGAGAAAGAGGAGGAGGAGGAGGAGGAAGAGAAAGAGGAGGAGGAGGAGGAGGAGGAGGAAGAGGAGGGAGAAUUAACUCUUCCACUCCCGACAUCUUCCCUUAUGAUCUGGCUCCCCACUGACCGCUAGAAUAGUGCCUCCCAUAAAGCUUCCCAAGUCCAGCACAGACAUCGAGUUGUCCAAGGCUUCCCCGUGAUUUGAAAAAUGACUUUAAGGUCCCCAGAAUCAACCGAAAUAGAGAAAAGAGGCUCGCAGGACGUGCUGCUCGUAUCUUUGGCCACUCAGGUUUCUCCAUCAUAGCUCAAGAAAACUGAACUUGGAUUUGUUUUGUUUUGUUCUGCUUCUCAAAAAGGUUUUUUCCAGUAGUUUUAUGCACCCAUUUCUUCAUUAAAUACUAGCUUCCCCCCCAAAAAAAAUCAUAGCUUGCACAUUGUAGUUAUCUAUUCCUUUGGUUUUUUGUGCAAUGUUAAACGCUGACUCUGAGUUCCAGUCUAGAUUGUAGCUCCGUAUAAGAGAGUUAACAUCUUCCUGUUAAGUCCCGUCGAGCAGAUGCCCUCCUCUAGUGAUAUGUUCUAGUGGAAAGAGUAGGGAGCAGAGUUCAAAUCCCAGUUAGGGUCAUUCACUUUCUUUCCCUGGGCUGAGUUCUCUCAUUUGUACAAUCAAGAAGCUGCAUUCGAUGGACUUCCAGCUCUGUCUAUAAUCUUUCCAUCUUGUGACACGUCCCCUCCCCCUGCCCCAUCAUGGGACUCAGUGUCCUCAGCUGUAAAAUAAGAGACUUAAAUUCUGCGGCCCCUCCAUCUAUGCUCAUAUCGUCCUCCUGGUUUUUUAGAGUCCUUUAGAGUUUAUAGACCCUGAACAAGUCACUUUCCUUGUAUGGACCUUCUUCUUCAUCUAUAAAAUGAGGGAGUUGACCUGGAUGGUCCUUGAGGCCCUCUUCUGCGCUCUCUCUCGGCGAUUCCUGCCUGGGUCUCAGUUUCCUCAGCCAUCAAGUGAGGUCCCUUCCAACUCGAAAUUUCUAAUCCUGUGACCAUCUUCAUAUGUGUAAUAAUAAUAACCUCUCUGGGAACUUUACAAAUAACACAAGCUGUGGGGCUCUCUUUACAGAGACGGCAUUUGCUCCUCAAAAGAACCAUGGAAUUAUCCCUAUUUAUAGAUGAGGAGACUGAGGCAAACGGAGGUUAGGUGACUUGCCUAGGAUCACACAGCUAGUGAGUGAGCUCAGGUUUCCUGAUUCUACACUCGGAGUUGUCUCUUGUGUGCAAUAAGUCCUUCAAAUAGUUAAAGGUAGCCAACCCUUUUCCCAACCACCCACCCCUCAAUGGGACCCAAGUCUGAUCUCAUAAUGACCUGGAGUGAAUAUAUCUCAGUUUCUGUAUUUGACAUUACAAAGAAACACCGGUCAAUGGUUUCUUUGAAAAAUAAUAAUAAUGGCAGCUAGGUAACUCAAUGGAUAAAGAGCAAGUCCUAAAGAUGGGGGGGUCCUGAGUUCAAAUCCUAACCACAGACACUUCCCCACUGUGAGAUCCUGGGUAAGUCACUUAACCUUGACUGCCUAGCCCUUACCACUCUUCUGCCUUGGAACCUCUACUUAGCCUUAACUCUAAGAUGGAAGGCAAGGGUUUAAAAAAAAUACUUGCUAAUAGACCCUGGACAAGUCAUUUAAUCCCCAUUGUCUAGCCCUUACCAUUCUUCUGCCUUGGAACCAGUACUUAGUAUUGAUUCUAUGGCAGAAGGUGAGGGUUAAAAAAAUAACAACAGGAGCCCCUGUGGUGUUUUCUAUCUUGAAGAAAACUUCUGUUGUAUUUUCAGCCUCUUGUGCUCAUGGAUGGGUCAUUAUUUUGGCCAUAAAAAUGUAUCAUAAAUUAAAAUUAUUUCAGCAUCGUUAAUAUUGGAGGCAAACUGACACAUGGUCAUAAUGGCUGAAAAUGCUUCUUGGGGAUUCCCAAAGUUUGGACAAGCUUCUCUAGCUCCGAAUGCGCUGCUGUCUUUGGAGAGGAUGCUUUGUGCAUGAGAGAAGAGAUGUUUUGAAUUGGCAUUUUCACAGUGGAAUCCUGAAAGUGAGUUGCCAAGUGGUAUCAUUGUGUGUGACCUGUCUUCCCAGUGCUGGCACUGGCGAGCCUUCAUUUGGCUCUGGAGUUAACUGACUUGCAAGGACAAAUAUGUUCUGGACACAUACUAACGACAUUGUGCCCACCCAUCAAUGGUUUCUCUUGGAAAAAAUAAUGGCAGCUCGGUGGCUCAUUGGAUAAAGUGCUAAUCCUGGAAAUCAAGAACCCCCCAGGGGUCAGAACAGCCUUUUUAUCUUUUGGAUGGUCCAUAAGUCUCAAAAAGAGAAAACAGGAGGCAGCUGGGUGGCUCAGUGGAUAGAGAGCCAGACCUGGAGAGGGGGGGGGUCCUGAGUUCAAAUGUGGCCUCAGACACUUCCUAGCUGUGUGACCUUAGGCAAGUCACUUGACCCCCAUUCCCUAGCCCUUACCACUCUUCUGCAUUGGAACCAAUACACAGAAUUGAUUCUAAGACAGAAGGUAAGGGUUGAGAGAGCGAGACGGAGAGAGACAGAAACAGAGAGACAGAGAGAGAGAGAAACAGAGGAGAGAGAGAGAGAACAAAGGCAAAUGAAGGUGGUUAAGUAGGAUAACAAGAUCAUCCUUUUAGAGCUGGAAAGGACAAUUGUGGACAUCUCCCAAUCCCUUGACUUUUCAGAGGAGGAAACUGAGGCUUACGGUAGUUAAGUAUGUUUCUGAAGGUCUUAUUGAUAGCAAGUGUUAAGAUUAGGGUCCCCUCGGGCAGCCACUUAAUUUUAAGUAAAGAAGGAAGGAAGGGCAGUAUGUCUCAUUUGUCAUCUUAAAACGUUCAGCUUCAGCAGGUUCUGCAGGUGACUGCCCUUCCUGGCCACGUGCAGCCGAUCCCUGCUCUGUGUCCCCAGUACCCCGACUUAAAACUAAAUGACCAUUUGGGUGAUUACAGGAAUCACUUGGCUUGGCAAAGACCUGAUUUGUUGACAAAUUCAGCGGCUGUCACCUUUGCUUACUGGAUGAUUUCGCUGCCUGCCUUGCAAGCUCUGGGAUUUCCUUUUUUCCUCGUUGGGAGUCUUACAGUGUAUGUGUCGGACGCCUCUCCCACCCUCCGGGCCCCGGAGAGCCAAAUCCCACCAUCCUGUGUGCAUCGUUCAUGGCCAGGCCUGAAGGGCCACUGGUCGAGGAUGCUGUACGGUGGGCUUCUUUGGGGAGCGGGUAUUGGCUGGGAUGGCUCGGAAGGACCCCCCCCACCCUAGAUUCCCUGGGCUGGCUGCCCUCUUGCAGAGCCUGGAUGAGUUGGAUUCCGGGGAUCUGAGGUCCCUUCCAGCUUUGAACUUCCAUAAAUAAGGCCAUUUUGGAGAUGGAGGACAAAAGAGGAUCCAAUCUGGCAGAGGCUCCUCCGGGGCAAUCCAGCCAAUGAGUGUUUACCGUCUGCCUCCCCCAGGUAGAGUGUUUGAUGAGCCAGGGCUGGACACACUCUCCAGUGACCCCAAGCGAGGCUGCCAUUUUGGUCCUCUUGUACUGGGAGACGUGAAAAAUGUCACCACAACGAAGCAUUCAAUUCAGUUCUAUAAGCAGGGAUGACUAAGAAGCAGCAGAUCAGGGAAAGACAGCUGGAUUUGGACCCAGGCUACCCUGAGUCCCAGCUCUGCCUCCUCGCAGGGUGAUCCUAGUGGAGUGACUCCCCCUCCAGACCUCAGUUUCCUCAACUGUAAAACAGAGCUGAUUAGACUCCGUGGCCUUGGAAGUCCCUUCUGGCUCUAAGUCUGGGUCCUUUUAGCUGCAAAGCCAGGGUCAAUCCGCAGGCAGUCAUGAAGCAGCUCCUCUAUGGCUGACCCUAGAAAAGGCGCAAAGAUCAGGGUGAGGCUCAGCAGAGGGAGAACAAGCCUGUCCGGGGGGGAGGUUCUGGGUUCAGAUUCGACCUCAGCCACUUUUUGGCGGGGUGACCCUGUGCCCAGCCCGGACGCUCUUCUUCCUUGGAGCCAAUGCGCGGAUGGAGGGUAACGGUUCAAAAGGCGGCUUUUUGAAGGAGCGACGCCUGCCCUCGGGGAGCUUACACACGAUGCAGAGUAUUUCUGGGGAACAGCCUGGACCGGAACAGGCUGCCGCAGGGAACUCCCUCCCGCCUGGCCAGAUCUAUCUCCACGUUUGGUUCAGACCUCCAGACUGAGGACUGGCUGGACGCCUUUUUCCUCCCUCACCGGCAGCCCUGCUUAGCGGCUGGUGACCUUCACCGGAAGUCAAGCCAGAGGCAUCUCCUCGGCGCCUCCUUCCGCUUUUUCACCUGUGCCCGCACUCCAUAACUCCGAACUACGGCCGCCGCGCCAUCCACCCCGGAGGGAGGAAGGGGGUCCCUCUCGGCUUCCUGGGCUGGAAGGGAAGGGAGCGCCGGUGGAAGGGCUUCCUGGCCCCUCCCCUCACUCCAUCUCCCUCUUUUGACCUUGCAUUUUAAUUAGCUGAAAUGAGCCUCCAGGCACUUCCCCUCCGACCUGAGGCUCGGGACGGAGGAGUUCGCCUGCCUCCCUCCCUCCAGAGCUCGGGGCUGCUGAAUGUCCCUGAAGAAGCCCCAAGUUCAUUGCUGCAGCGGGGGAGCCCCAGAAGCAAGAAGGACCAGCCUCCUUGAAGGGAGACAGGACUCAGCCCACGUCGCCCGUCCUGUCCCGCUCCAGCACCCCGACGAGCCCUUGGGGGAGAGCAAGACUGGAGAACUUGAGCCCGACCCAGGAGUCUCGCCUUUUUGUAGAGAAUUUGCAAAUGCCUUUAGCACUGGGUAGACCUUUGACUAGUAGUCCACUAAGUAAGGGCGUCUGUUUUCUCUUUUAAGAAUCUGCCAGACCGAUGCUUCCUAGCUGUGUGACCCUUAGCAAGUCACUCCCCUGUCCCCAUUGCCUAGCUUACUGCUCUUCUGCUUUGGAAUGAAUACCUAGCAUUGAUUCGAAGCCAGAAAGGGGGGAGGGAAGAAAGAGAAUGGGGGGGAGGGAGGCAGAGAGGAAGAGAAAGACGGAAGGAUAGCGAGAAAGAGGGAGAGGAAGAAAAAAGGAAAGUGGGGAAGGGAGAGGCAGAGAGGAAGAGAAGGAAGGAAGGAGAGAAGGAGGGAGAAAGGAAGAGAAAGAAAGGGAGAGGGAGAGAAUGAAGGAAGGAAAGAGGGAAAGGAAGAGAAAAAAGGAAAGGGGGGAGGAAGAGGCAGAGAGGAAAGAGAAAGAACGGGAGGGGGAGAGAGGGAAAUUUUCUAAGUCUACUGUAGAAGCAGGAGAUCAUUGUACUCAGUGGCUGCAAAAUUAUACUGAUGGGCACCUGUGAAAGACUUAGUUAUUCUGAUUAAGACCCAGAUUCAAGACAAUCACAAAGGAGAUUUGAUGACAAAUGCUCUCCACCUCCAGAGGGAGAACUGAGGAACUCUGAUUGCAGACUGAAAUAGACUUUUUUCCACUUUAAAAACCUGGAGGAAGGUGGCUAGGUGGCUCAGUGGAGUGAGAUCUGGGCUCAGCGAUGGGAGGUCCUGGGUUCAAAUUUGACUUUAGAGACUUCCUAGCUAUGUGACACUGGGCAAGUCACUUAAUCCCCUCUUGUCUCUUCUUACCAUUCUUCUGCCUUAGAGCAAGUAUUCAGUAUGGAUUCUAAGACAUAAAAGGGUUUAAAAAAAAAAAGACCUACUGCAAGUACACUUUUUAUUGGUGGUGGUGAUGGUUAGGGUUUUUGCCGUUUAUUGCCAUAAAGAUUCAGAGGAUGUUCUAUUACAUCCAGUAAUCUAGGAGACUUGUGGUCUGGUACUGGCCGGUACUUAACCUCAGCUAGAGGGCAGUACUGUGGAAAGUGGGCUGAGUUUGAACUCAGGGGAACCAGAUUCAAAUUUUGUAUCUAUCAACUUGUUAUCAGCAUGAUUUUCUGACUUCACUUAGUCUUCUAGGGCCUCAGUUUCCUCUUUUGUAAAAUGAAGAGAGUGAUCCAGAUGGAUUAAAUGUCUUCCAGCUCUCUAGGUCUAUGAAGCUGUGAUUUCUCUCUGGGACUCCAUUAACUCAUUUGUAAAAUGAAGAGUUUGGACAGGAUGACCCAUAAGUUCCCUUGUGGCCCUAAUCGAUGGCCCUUUUACCUUCCCAAAAGUCUUGCAAAUGCCCCCCAUGGUAAAAAGUAACUAUAAGGAUGCUUGAGUUAAGGUGAAUAAAACUUUGAGCCCCAGCUUUCCCUUUUUCAUGGAGGGAACUCAGGAUGGGGAAAGUGCGGUAGAGUAACAACUAGCAUUUAUAAAAUACGUUCAAGCACUUAUUUCAUCUGAAGAAUAAGAACACUAGAUUUAGAAUCAUCAGAUCUUAAAUUGAAACUUAGAAGGUUUGCUUUGAGAACUAGCUAGGUUAUUUCUUUAACCCAUAUGGCCAUCAACAAGACACUUCUCUGGAUCUCAGUGAGGAGGUUGGGAUGGCUGAUCUUGGAAAUUCCUUCAAUUUCUAAACCCCAUGCUCUGUGAUCACUGUCACUUUCCUAAGGACACCCAAGGAUGUUUUAGGAUGCACCACAAUUACAUGGGAAAGAGUGCACUAUUCAACCCAUAAUUGGGCACACACAGUCUGCAUGUCCAGCACUUAUCAGGCAAAGGCCAACCAAAUCAAAACUGUAGCGAUGGUUACAUUCAUUUAUUGUGCUAACAGACAUCCUGGAAAAAGGGGAAAGAUGAAGAUCAAAUGGUUCAGUUGGGUACAUCGUUCCACCACCACCCCUGUAAGGCAAUUGAGGGUAGUAGACAGAACCAUGGACUUGCAGUCAAGAUGAUCUGAGUUCAAAUCCUGCUUCAGAUACUUUUUAACUUUGUGAGUGCAGGCAAAUCGCUUUUCUGAUCCUCACUUAUAAAUAGGGAUAGUUAUAAUAUUUUAAAAUCUAGUAUAUUAUAUGUGAUUGUAUUUAUUACAUAUUCUAUCUAUAAAUAAGCAUAUUUAAUAUUUCUAAAUAGUAGUGUUUAUUAUAUUUAUAAAACUAUUCUAUAUGCCAUACAAUAUUAUACUUAUUACAUAUUAUGCUGAUUUAAUUUAUCACCUUUAUAGAUGAGUACAUUUUAUAUUUAUAAGUAGGGCUACUUCCUGACUGAUUCUCAUCAGUAUAAAUAUGGAUAAUAGCUAUAGCACAUAGUUCACAGGGUUGUCGUGAGAAACAAAUGAAAUAGUGCAUGUAAAAAUAGGAGAUAUUCUUAUUAAUAUGACCAUGAGAAGUCUCCCUCCUAGCUCAGGUGUGUCCUGAGUAUGGAAAGAAAUUCCUGAGCAGACCUGAUUCCUGACAGAAUUGAGGGAAGGGCCAAAAUGGCCACCAGAGACCCACAGGGAGAUCAUUCACGCCUAUCCAUCCGGGUCCUCCUCAUUCUUUCCCAGUAGAGGCAGAAAUGAAUCUAAGCAUCUUCAGCAUCUCCCACACUGUUUCUCAGUAGAGAGAAUCUUUUAUUUCCAAAUGGAACUUGCCAACAAGGUUUAGAUUUCCUGGUCAGGAGCAUUAGGGACAAAGCAAUGGCUCCUGGGGGGAGGAGGAGGGCUCUCCCUUCAUCCCUCUGUCAGAGCAGCUGAUGAAUGACCCAAAAGCCUCCGUUCAGCUCCACCCUCUGGUCUUCUUGGCCCUCGAAGCCGGAUUCCAUCUUGUUUACUGCAAGGUCCCACCAGCUGCACAUGAUACAAAUGGACUGAGUAAUGCUUGCAAACAGAAAAGUUGCAAAGAAUCCCAGACUCUCCGAGCCAUGAGGGACCUUAGGGACCAUCCCGUCCAGCCUGUACCUGAUCAAGUAACCCUUCCACAGCAACAGAUGGUCUCCCAGCCCCAACUUGACUGUCUCUGGGAAAGAGAAACUCACUCUCUUCUUAAAGAGCCCAUUAUACUUGGGGCAGCUCUGAUUUCUUUUUAGUUUUUCAUUCAUUUUAUUUUUUUUUAUUUAGCAAAAAUGUAUUUUUUUCUCCCUUUUACCUCCCCCAUUGGAAGGAAAAAAUGCUUUUUAAAAUCUGAACAUGACUUGUCAAGCUGAAUAGAGAAUGUAUGCUUCAUUCUGCAUCCUUAGUCUAUCACCAGGGGCAGCUCUCGUUUUUAGAAAGUUUUUAUUUUCCUUAUUUUGAUCCCACAUCUUCCUCUCUGCGACUCUUACUCAUUAUGCCUAGUUCUGGGGCCAAUCAGACCAAGUAUACUUCAAAUCGAUUUCUUUUUUCUUUUUGACCUUGCCUUUAGUCUUACUAAGUAGAGAUUCCAAGGGAGAAUAGGCAAAAUUGGGAUUAAAUGACUGGCCCAGGGUCACACAGCUAGGAAAUGUCUGAGGCCAGAUUUAAACCCAAGACCUUCCAUUUCCAGGCCUGGCUCUCUAUUCAUGGAGCCAUAUAGCUGUCCCUUUUCAGUUUCAUAAAUAAUCAUUAGGCAUCUUCUCUAUACCUAGCACAAUGCCUGGAACUUAAUAAAUGUUUGUUGCUUAAUUGAUUGAUUCCAAAGUAUUUGGGAUACAAGGGGGUGGGGGGCAGGACCUGCCCUCAAAGAGCUUAUAUUCAAUGGAAGGAUAUAAUAUGUAAACAUAUACAAGGUGGUUUGAAGGAGGAAGCAUUUAGCAGCAGGAGAAUCAUAAAAGGCUUCCUGUAGGAGGUGACAGGAGCUGAGCCUUGAAAGAUGCUAAGGCUUCUAAGGAGGCAAGAUUGCAUUUUAGGCCUCAGCCAAGGUAUAGAGACUUAGGGGAAAGCAGAGGAGCCAAUUUGACUGGAGUCUGGAAGAUAUAAAUGAGAGAAUGUGAAAUAGGACCAGGAAAGCCAUCUAGACCAGAUUAUAAUGGGCUUUAAUUAGCAGAGGAAGGAACUUGUUUUUUAUCCUCAAACCACUAGAAAGCCAAUGAGUCUUGCUCAGUAGACUAGUGGCAUAGUCUUAGGUUGGUUUCUUAGAAUUUGGCAGCUGUGUAUAAUCCCUCUUUUACAAAUCUCCUUCAAACCCUUGAAAAUGGAUACUCAAAUCUCUUCUUCUCCAAGCCAAACAAACACGUCUAGGUACCUCCAUUGAUCAUUGGCCAAGGCGCCAUCUUGACCCAUAGGAGAGUACCUGCUGACAUUUUGUAGUUGGCCCUGCCUGUCUGGGCUUCAUCCAGGUGACCUGCUAGACCCUAGAAGUGAAGCCGUUCACUCCACUAAAACCACAAAUUCAGCUCCUUUAAUAUGGUGGAGAAGGGUUAGAAAAGGAAAACUAACAUGGCCAAAGAGUGUCCAGAAGGAGGAAAAUCCUGGUUCUCCAGACUCUGUCAAGGCCAAGUCAGAACCAAGUUCAGUUCCGGGCUGGAAGUUUUUGGAAGGUGGGCUGGAUAAGUCUGAGAGAACCCUUCACCUUUGUUGUGCCGGAGGUUCUUUUGGCAGUCCGGGGCAGCCUAGAGAUCUCUUCUGGGAGUGAUUUUUAAAAAUAAUUGAAGAAAAUGCUGACUUCCCUUUAGAAACUAAUGAAAAUUAAAAACCUUUUCCCAUUCAAGUUCACAGACCUCUUGAAAAUCUGUGGACCCUGGGUCAAGAACCCUUGAUCUAAGGGAAAGGAAGCAAGAUGGUGGGCAAAGGGCUCAUGCCAUCGAAGAAUCAGGGAGAAGGUCAAGCAGACUAGAGAACAGAAUGCAACAGUGAUCUUCCAGGCACAGAGAGAGGGGUCAGAUAUGUUUGGCCCCAGAUGGUAGAACUAGGGGCAGUAGAGAGAGAAGCAGACUGAGUCUUAAAGGAAGGAAAAACAUCUUAAUGAUUUGAAGACUGGGGGUCUAGAGUCAGAAGAAUGAGGCGAGUCUAUGAUGGAUGUCCAAUGUGGAAAUUCCAUUUACCAGUGAAUCUCAUCCAUAACUAACAGCCCUAGAAAGCUUCCUGGGGACACUGAGAUGUAGGACAUGCAUUCUUUGUGGACCUCCUCGAGCAUUUCAUUCAAAGCCUGGGAAUACAGUCGGAUAGAGGAUCUGGGCUCUUAGACGCAACAAAUCUCUGGGCAAACUUUUCUAGAGAAGCAGAAAUUGGAAACGACAACAUUAGAGCAUUGCUUCUGGGUUGGGCUGUUUUGUUGUCAACUGCAGAGAAAGCCUGGGAAACAGUGCCCUCUGGCCUCUGCGCUACUGACUUCAUCACCCAGCAGGCAAUAGGUUCUCCCUCUCUCCCAUGUUCUUGGAACCAGAUGUUUCCUCUGAAAAAAGAAUGGAGUCUCCAUUCACCUCGCUCAGAUCAGCAGAGUUUCUGAGGGCAGGCAGAGAGGCAAAGGGCAGGUGGAUGCUGGAAGUGUGUACAGAGGAGGGGCUUCACUUGAAGAAAAUUCCUGCUGGGGAAAAUGUCCAGAUCUAGGAGGGGAUUUCGGUGCCCUCAACAAAAUCACUGAAUCACCAAAAAAAGAAGAAAAAAAAAGAGAGAGAGAGAGAGAGAGAGAGAGAGAGAGAGAGAGAGAGAGAGAGAGAGAGAGAGAGAGAGAGGAAGGAAGGAAGGAAGGAAGGAAGGAAGGAAGGAAGGAAGGAAGGAAGGAAGGAAGGAAGGAAGGAAGGAAGGAAGGAAGGAAAAAGAAAGGAAGGAAGGAAGGAAGAAAGAAAGAAAGAAAGAAAGAAAGAAAGAAAGAAAGAAAGAAAGAAAGAAAGAAAGAAAGAAAGAAAGAAAGAAAGAAAGAAAGAAAGAAAGAAAGAAAGAAAGAAAGAAAGAAAGAAAGAAAGAAAGAAAGAAAGAAAGAAAGAAAGAAAGAAA